AUGAACCUUUUAAAAUAUUACAAAGAAAUAAUUAAUCAAACAGAAGUUCCAUCACAAUUACACAAAAUUCAAUUAGCAAUUGGAAAUAAAGAAAGAUUAACAGCAGAACAAAAAGUAAUUUUAUUUGAUUUAGUAAAUGAAAAAUUUCAAAAAAAUACUCAACAAGAAAUAAUUCAACAUAUUCUAAAAAAAAUUAAUAAAGAAACUAAUAUUGUUAAAUUGCAAGUUUAUAUAAAAGAUAAAAUUGCUAAUAAUAAAGAUCUUACUUCUCAACAAAAAUAUGAAUUACAUAAUGUACAUAAUGAAAAAAUAAGAAAUUUAUGUGAAAAUACAGAAAUGAUAAGAAAUGAUAAUAAAAAUCAAUUAUAUGAUUUAAUAUUAGAUCUGAUUAAAAAUAAAUUAUUAAAUACAAAACUUCAAGAAUUACAACAACCACCUAAACAUCCACAAGAAAAACAUCCUAUUAAAGAAGUUAAAAGUAAUAAUCCAACAACAAGUUCCAAUAAAGCAGACCAAAAACAUAAUUUAGCAGAAAUAAAUUUUAAAAAAACAAAGAUUGAUAAAAUGAAAAAAUUAAUUGCAUUAUUAAAUAAUUAUUUAUAUAAAGAACCUAGAAAGAAAGCAAUGAUAUCAAAAGAAAGAUUAAGAAAACAUAAUGCAUUUAGAAAAUUAAGAAAACAUUCAAUGAUAUUUGUUAAAGCAUCAGAGCUUUCUUUUAAUAAUCCAUUUAUGUUUUCUGAAGAAAAAAUAGAUGAAAUAGCUAGCAUUAAAGUUAUUAUUGAU